GAUCAUCCCCCCCCCACCUGUGAUUGGGGUCCCAUGUUCAUGCAAGGGCACAGAUGCAAUUGCACGCGAUGAGGUUCUCGGCCUUGUGUCUAUCAGGUUCAAGCAAACGAGCACACAGUUACACCAGAGACAGAGUAUCCGAUCUGCGGGAGGACAACAUGGCUCAAGUGGCGCCUGUAUUCCGAUUUCCCGGACGACGCGGCACAUAUCAUCCCCUUCCCGUCGCUUCAUGACCUUUCGUCUUUUCUCUUCUCUCUCCCUUCUGCUUCAUGUUCUCGUCCGUGUGCAGCUUGGCUUAACGUAUGGGAACAUUCCACUCAAUCUUGAUUUAAUCCUUGGCUUUCGUCGUUGGCUCUACCCUCUUUCACCAUGAAGUUUCGGAUUCCGUCGUGGCUGAGCUGGUACAAAAAGCCCGAGUACCGCGACUUCAGGGAGUAUGCCACCAAUAUCAGCACUGGCAAGCGGCCCCUGAGCCCAGAUGGCCGCAACGGCGGCAUUCCCAGCAGGCUGCGGCUUGAGAGGAUCUUAGCCAACAAGACAUGCAGCCCGAUGUCGCUAUACGACUUUUACAUGUACCUCAAGUACAUCGAAUACUCGGCCGAGAACCUCGAGUUCUACAUGUGGUUCAAGAACUACGAAGCAAUGUACAGCAAGGGCUUGGCCAUCGCCGACAAGGACUAUGGUUCCAUCCCCAGCGCAGCCCAGUCCACCUCGUCGGUAGCCCGAAUCAAGCCUGGCGAGAGCGAUGUUUCGAUGGAGAAGCUGGACCACGACCAUGAAGAUGACGAAGACAGCGAGGCCGCCCAAGAAACCCUCGAGCGCAUCUCCCAGCUCAUCUCCACCACCGCCCUCUGCACCUCCAAGUCCUCCUGCGCAGCCGCCGCACGCACCUCCUUCCCACCUCCCAUCCACUCUCCCACCAAGACCUCCAAACCCCACCACCUCACCCCUUCAACCACCAACACCACCACCACCACCAAAGUGUCAAGCACCACCGAACUCCCCACCAUCAUCUCCCUCUUCCUUCUCCCCAACUCCCCCAAAGAACUCAACAUCCCCCCGGCCCUCCGCAACCAAGCCCUCUCUAACCUCCAGACCCACGGCGCGCACCCGGUCGCCCUCAAGCCCGUGGCCGACCACGUCUACUCCCUCCUGCGCAACUGCUCCCACCGCAACUUUGUCCGCCUCGGCGUCGGCAACGGCACCUUCGAGACGGUCUGCGUCGCGACUGUCCUCGGCUGGACCACCCUGCUCGGCGGGUUCUUGUUGGUCCUGUGCCGGGCCAUGACGCCCUUUCGGGGGGCGCACACGCGCUGGGAGGUGUUUGCCGCCUGGCCUCUUUGGUGGCUUGGUAUGAGCCUUGUGCUAUCUGGGCUUAGGGGCAGUUGUUUCUUUUUAUUGUUGUUUUCCAGACGGCAGAGGUUGCCUUGGGAGAGGAUUGGUGCUGAUGGUGAUGGUGGUGGUGGUUUGGGCAGGUUGGGCGGUCUGUUGAGGAGCGUCAAGAGGUUGAUGAUUUUUGAUCGGAGGAUUCGGGUGCAGGAGAAGCAUUUGAGGAGGCUACAGAGGAAGAUUGUGUUGCAGAGCUUGACCGGGGGAAGCGUCUUUGCGACGCUGUGUGUGGUCUUGUUUAUCUGGUUGCCUGUUUGGAGGGAGACGGUGUAAAGGGGUGUGUUUCAUUGGAAGUGAUCUUGAUGUCUUGAUACUUUCUACCUCUCGUUUUCGUUACAAGCUUGGAGCUGGCGGCAAUGGAUGAUACCUUGUGUUCGCGAGGGAUGGGUGAUAUGCAUGCCAGAUAGUGUCUGGUCCUUCGUUCAUCUCAGACUGUGUAUUACUAUUACUUACUCAGCCAACUUUAAAUGAAGUUUCUCUUGGAACAACUGAAUAGGUAUGUUUAGGC